AUGGAUGUGCAAAUCGAAGACUCUGAGAAGGCGAAGCAGAUAGUAGUUCUUCUCAUUGGUCCGCCAGGAAGCGGCAAAUCGACGUUCUGUGACUCCGUCAUGCGUUCUUCUCACCGCCCUUGGUCUCGCAUCUGCCAGGACAUUAUUAACAAUGGCAAAGCAGGAAGCAAAGCUCAGUGCUUAAAGAUGGCGAUUGAUUCUCUUAAGGAAGGCAAGAGUGUUUUCAUUGACAGAUGCAAUCUUGACAGGGAGCAGCGCUCGGAGUUUAUUAAGCUCAGUGGUCUUGAGGUUGAAGUCCAUGCAGUGGUUCUUGAGCUUCCUGCUCAGGUUUGUAUAUCGAGAUCAGUCAAAAGAACCGGUCAUGAAGGAAAUCUACAAGGCGGAAGAGCUGCAGCUGUUGUGAAUAAAAUGCUUCAGAGUAAAGAACUUCCAAAAUUGAAUGAAGGGUUUUCUCGGAUUAUGUUCUGUUACAACGACGCAGAUGUUGAGAAUGCUGUUAACACAUACAGCAUGCUUGGUCCAAUGGAUAAGCUUCCUUCUGGCUGUUUUGGCCAAAAGAAUUCGGACACCAAAAGCCAACUCGGUAUAAUGAAGUUCUUUAAGAAAGUCAAUACUCUUCCUGGUUCGUCUUCUAAUGAAACUACUGAAGCUACUCGCAAAGCUAAUGAAAAGACAGAAAAUUCUCGAGUUUCGCCAACUAAGCAUGGUUCUGCUGAUAUUGUACAUACACUGGCAUUCCCGUCAAUCUCGACUGCAGAUUUCCAGUUUGAUCUUGAAAAGGCAUCUGAUAUCAUUGUCGAGAAAGCAGAGGAAUUCCUGCCUAAACUUGGGACUGCACGGCUUGUCUUGGUGGAUUUGAGCCAUGGGUCAAAGAUUCUAUCUGCGGUCAAGGCUAAGGCUUCUCGGAAGAACAUUGACUCAGCAAGGUUUUUCACAUUUGUCGGAGAUAUAACUAAGCUUCAUUCCGAAGGUGGUCUGCAAUGCAAUGUUAUAGCUAAUGCUGCUAACUGGCGGCUUAAGCCCGGAGGUGGUGGUGUAAACGCAGCGAUAUUCAAAGCUGCUGGUCCAGAUCUCGAGGCUGCGACAAGAGCACGAGCAAACACUCUUCUUCCAGGAAAAGCUGUGGUAGUUCCUCUUCCUUCUACCUCCCCUUUACAAAAUGCGGAAGGAAUUACACAUGUGAUACAUGUUCUAGGACCAAACAUGAACCCAAACAGACCAAACUACCUUAACAACGACUACACCAAAGGCUGCAAAUCUCUCCGGGAGGCGUACACGUCCCUCUUUGAAGGUUUUCUGUCGAUAGUACAGGAUCAAUCAAAGUUUCCCAAACGAAGCAAUCCAGCAGCUGUACCAGAUUCUAGUGAGAAUAUCGAGGAUGACUCUGAGAGAAACAAAAAGUUUAAAGGACCACAAGAUAUGGCCGUAGCUAGUAAUUUGGAAUCAGGGUCUGUGGAGGAUACUAGAGACAGUGGAAAGAAGAUGAGUAAAGGGUGGAGCUCAUGGGCAUUGGCACUUCACAGCAUCGCGAUGCACCCAGAGAAACACGAGAAUGUCGUGCUAGAAUCUUCAGACGACAUAGUUGUGAUAAACGACCAGUACCCAAAGGCGCGGAAACACUUGCUAGUACUGGCGAGGCAGCAGAGUCUAGAUGGGCUUGAAGACGUUCGUAGAGAAAAUCUUCAACUUCUGCAGGAAAUGCACAGUGUUGGUCUGAAAUGGGUCGAGAAAUUCCAAAACGAGGACUCAUCUCUUAUCUUCCGCCUUGGAUAUCACUCGGUUCCCUCGAUGCGACAACUACACUUGCACGUUAUAAGCCAAGACUUCGAAUCCGAUAACUUGAAGAACAAGAAACACUGGAACUCAUUCACAUCCUCCUUCUUCCGUGACUCGGUCGAUGUUCUUGAAGAGGUCAAGAGCCAAGGCAAGGCCAAUGUGGAGAGCGAAGAUGUUUUGAAAGGCGAGUUGCGUUGCAAUCGGUGUAGAAGCGCACACCCGAAUAUUCCCAAACUCAAAACUCAUGUCAGAAGCUGCCGUUCUCAGUUUCCUGAACAUUUACUCCAUAACAAUCUUCUUCUUGCUCGACCAGAGAGACUUGAUGAAUAA